UUGUCUUUCACCCCUCUUUCCCUCUUUCCCGUCUUCCAGACUUGUUUCGCGAUAUCUCUGGGACGUUUUCUGAGUUGUUUGCUCUAUUUGCGGUUUUCCAGCGUUAUACACCAUGGCCAACCAAACCCCCGAAUCCUGGGAGGAUGAGCUCUCCAGACAGACCGAAGGUGUGAACCUGAACAACAACGGUCGUCGCCCGCAACAGCAGUUCAACUACCAGGGCUCGACCUUCACUCCUGGCGCUGCUUCCUUCACCCCCGGCGCCGCUUCUUUCGUUCCCGGUCAGCAGUCGUACGGCGGAUACCCCCAGUACGGCCAACAAUACGGUUACCAGCAGCAGCAGCAGCAGCAGCAGCAGCCUUACGGUCAGUACGGAGGACAGUACGGAGCCUAUGCUCAGCAGCCCGGUUACAACCAAUAUUACAACAACCAGCAACAAUACGGUGGCUACCAGCAGCAGCCCCAACAGGCUCAGCAGCCUCAGCAACAACCCAAGCCCGCUGCGGAGCCCAAGCCCGCUGCCCCCAAGCCCGCCGCUAAGGUCCUGAGCAUUGGCGCCGAGCCCAAGGCUAAGGUUCUCAGCCUCAGCGGUGCCAGCGAUUCCCCCAACGCUCCGAAGACAAAGGUUCUCUCCAUCGGCGGCACAUCCGCUUCCCCUAGCCCCGCGACUUCGGGUACGGCCACCCCCGGUGACACCAAGGGCGCUGCUGCCGCCGACGCCGCCGCUAAGGUGACGGCUUCCAAGGCCAUCGAGAAAACCGAGAAGAAGGCCGAGGCCAAGUCUGCUGCCAGUGGCAAGUCCUCCCCUGCUCCUGCCUCCGGCCGGUCAUCCCCUGGCCGCUCCAGCCCUUCCAGAGCCGAGGUUGCUAAGGCUGCUCGCCACGCCGAUGCCGUCGCCCAGGAGCAGAAGGCCGAUGUCGACGAGGCCACCUUGAACGAACUUUACGGCGAGCUGGAGAAGAAGGAACACGUCAACGUGGUUUUCAUCGGACACGUCGAUGCCGGUAAAUCCACUCUGGGAGGCUGCAUUCUCGUCGCCACUGGUAUGGUCGAUGAGCGUACUUUGGAGAAGUACAAGAGAGACGCCAAGGAAAUGGGUCGUGAGACCUGGUACCUGUCCUGGGCUCUGGAUCUCAACCCCGAAGAGCGUGCUAAGGGCAAGACCGUGGAAGUCGGCCGCGCCCAUUUCGAUCUCCAGCUGAAGAAUGGUGUCACCAGAAGCUGCAGUAUUCUGGAUGCCCCUGGUCACAAGGCCUACGUGCACCACAUGAUCGGUGGUGCUACCCAGGCCGAUGUCGGUGUCCUCGUCAUCUCGGCCCGUAAGGGUGAGUACGAGACCGGAUUCGAGAAGGGUGGCCAAACCCGUGAGCACGCUUUGCUUGCCAGAAACACCGGUGUGCGCAAGCUGGUCAUUGCCGUCAACAAGAUGGACGAUCCUACUGUCGAGUGGAGCGAGGAGCGUUUCAAGGUUUGCACCACCAAGGUGGCUAAGUUCUUGGAAGCUUUGGGUUACGCAAAAGCCGACUUGACCUUCAUGCCCAUCAGUGCACAGACCAUGGUCAACAUCAAGGACCGGGUCACGAAGGACGUGUGCCCCUGGUAUGAUGGACCUUCGUUGCUGGAGUACCUCGGCGACAUGGAACUCCCUCCUAGAAAGCUGAAUGCUCCUUUUGCAAUGGCUAUCAGCGCCAAGUACAGGGAUAUGGGAACUAUGGUUGAAGGCAAGAUCGACAGUGGUAUCGUCAAGAAGGGUGCCCAAAUGGUGGUCGUGCCCGGCCUUGCUAAGUGCGAAGUCGCUGCUCUGUAUGGCGAAACCGAAGACGAAAUCGCCACUGGCAGCUGCGGUGACCAAGUCCGUAUGCGUCUUCGUGGUGUCGAAGAAGAAGACCUUCUUCCAGGUUUCGUCCUGUGCUCUCCCAGACGUCUGGUCCACUCUGUCCACUCGUUCGAGGCCAAGAUCAAGUUGCUCGAGAUCAAGGGCAUUCUUUCUGCCGGUUUCAACUGCGUUAUGCACGUGCACUCGGCUGUUGAAGAAGUCACUAUCGCCGCUCUUUUGCACAAGCUCGAACCCGGCACCGGUCGUCGUAGCAAGAAGGCGCCCGCCUUCGCCAGCAAGGGCAUGACUGUUAUCGCCAGAGUUGAGGUCACCUCGACAGCUGGACAGGUUUGCUGUGAACCCUUCUCCUACUCGGAGCAGAUGGGACGUUUCACCCUGCGUGACCAAGGACAAACCAUUGCUAUUGGUAUGAUCACCAAGCUUAUCGAGAACGAGGAAGUUGUUGCCGAGUAAAUGCGUGAAUUAUCGGUUAUUGCAUCCAUUGCAUAAGCUCCCAAACUCUCUUACCGCGGCCAACAGGGAAAGAGUUUGUCGGGCUCGGCAGAUCUAGGGUGGCAUGGGCGGGAACACGGGCUCGACAAUGACAAGCUUAACGUUGGUUGAUGAUGAUGAAUUUUAAUUUUUUUUUCCCCUUCUGUUUCGUGCCAGACUUCUGAACCCUGAGUCGAUCGAUAUAACGCGACUAGAAGCACGCCAUAAAACUCGCCAUGCCCACCCAGCAUUUGCUUCAGGAUACACCAAGACCACAGAAAGUCUUUUAGUAUAGUAUAGUAAACCCAUGGCAGUGUAUUUAUCUAUAUCACAAGAAAAAAAAA